UGUAUCAUACGUAUCUAAUACCGCAGUUCAAAAUAUAUGAACUUCAUUUAUACAUGUAACUGAUAAGACAUCUUGUUGGUCAGUGGGUUUAGUCGACGAGUAUCUUAGAAGUCGCCAUGGGGUACGCAAUUAUUUCCUGAACUAAGCACGCUCUCUGUUUUUUGCCUUUGCGACUUAUCGCUGGAUGAGAACAUUUCUGGCAAUCCAACAUAUUGAAAUUGCUGCAUUUAAAGUCAGCACAUGUCGACUUCUGGAAGCUGUUGGCCUGUUGCACAUAUAAAGCAGAGGAAAUGGAUAGCGUAUGAUCGAUUCUCUAAUUGAAGCAAGAUCUAUUUUAAACUGUGUCGGGAUAACAAACUGAAACAAGUCGGUUCUGGGACACAAGCAGGAGGGAAAGAGCAUCAGGGCCAACAUGACCAUAUCUCUGAUUCGAAGCUGUAGUUUGGAUAAUACUUCAUGCUGUAAAAACAGCUGCUAAGAGAAAGACAGAACGUCGAAGGGCAGUCAGUGGGCUUAAAAUAAGACCUAUGACAAAAAGAACAGGUUAAGAGGAAAAGAUAGUGGAAUAGGCUUGCAAUUUUAACAACACGACAAACAUGUGUCGUGUUGGAAGGAGCCUCUUACACUCAAAACGAAAAGCUAUGAAACAAGAUCAAUGAGCGUGCAGUUGGGAUUCGCUUUCCAGUUCAAUUGCAGGAUUUUUCCAGGAAGAGAUCUGAGAAGACUUCUAGGGAAACUUCAUAAGUAGGUACUUAAUUCACAUUUGCUACAAAUCGAUAUCGCCAAUAUAUGGUGCUUUGACCGUUCAAUAGACGUAAACUAUCGUUAAACCAUUAUUGAUAGAUUAAGAGAAGUAAUUACCACUGUCAGUGUGUAGUUUGUGUUAGCUUUGUAAAAUGACAUGGUUAUUUAGUACCAUCACUUCGCUAACCAACUUCUUGGCCUUCAACGUUUCGAUGCAGAUUUUCGCAAUGACCUUACCAAAUUACUGAUAUGUUUGAAAUCGUGAUUUUUUCUUUCUCUCGGCAUCUAGUCAGUGUGGCAAAAAGAACGCUGUGUUUUUGUGCAAAUGGUUUAAAAGACUGCUAUUGCUUAUUGACUUCGCGCGAAUUUACAUUCACUUCCUACUGAAGUCGGGAUUUUGACAACUGAAGAUUCACAAUAACACCAGCGUUUCUCUCUUGUCUUCAAAGAUGAGUAAGAACAUCUGAUUUCAUUUGAGCGUAGUAAUGAAAGAAGUUACAGAGCGAAACACUCGAAAAAUCAGCCUUUGAAUGUAGGAUGGGGCAUUGUCAAACAAAUGUGAUCUUUGUCGAAUGAAUUGGCUUCUAAAGUUAUGUAAGUCUGGUUGACUACACGACUAAAAUCAAGUUGGAGCUUUCAUUUAUACAAAGAAAUUCGUUUAAACUCUCUUACAGGACCUUUUGUUUGCCUUAAUCGACUCUUUAGGGUUUUGUGUUGGUCAACUUUAUGUUGGUAAACUAACAACAUACAGUUUUUGUUUAUAGAACACUUUUCAUUGGGUUUUGAAAAUAGCUGCAGUCUCCUCCCUCACUUUACUGUACUCAACAACAGGUUGUUCCCAUUCCAUUCCGAUCUUUUAUUUCGUCUAAGAGAGUGAAGGGUCUCACAACAGUUCUUUGGUCUUCAAAGCGAUCACAGUAUGUGCAUAGGAACUUGGUGAGACCAGCAAGUUUGUUGUUUUCUAACUUAGAAAAAAAAAAACAGUCAGUGCCUCUGUUCAAACAUCGCUACACACCAAUUUCAAAUGAGUUCAUUACUUAGCAAAACCGAAUUUAAAAUCUCCAGAAAAUUUAAUUUAAUGAACAAAAUUUUCACGUCGUUUUCGUGAUAGCCUUUGUGAACCGCUGCGUUUUAUUAACUAUAAAAGAAUUCCUGCAAGAAAAGUUGGGUAAGUUAUUUAGCUGGUUGAUGAAAUCGUUCGAUGCGAAUCACCUUUUAGUACUGAAUAACUCUGAAAUUUUGCCAGUUUUUAUUGCCAAACUAGAAAAAAUUUUCGAAAGCUAACGAAGUGAUCUUCUGUACGUGAUGAUCGGUGACAUGCCCUUCACACCUUUCAUUGGCCCCGUGUUUCCGCUUACUCACAAAUUGAGAAUCAGUUUGUAAAAUCUAUAAGAACAUAAGUAACAACCCAAAAGUUAACCUGACUACCUGACUUAGCUGUAAGUUGUAGUACCAGUAGAAAUUAAAUUAAAUUUUCAUGCGUACUUUUGAUUACUUAAUUGAUUACAUAACAACUGUACAGCGAAGUAGAGCGUUCACUUUUUAAAGAAACACCUCUUUUUUGACGCGAAGUACGUGUUAAACGGAAAGAAUAUUCUCUUACUGUUGACUGAUCCAUUUCUUUCUAAAUCAUGUAAAUAAACAACUUCAAGAUUGAAGAAUGCAACCGCAAUUGUUGGUCUUUCAAUGAUCAGAAAGAACCUUUACAAAGGAGUACACAAAGUGUUUUGUUCAGCUCAAAAGAAAGAGACUAACUAAAGCUGGUUCUAUUUCAUCCUGUAAUCUCCAAAAGAAGGAAUGUAAAAUAAACAAAUUUCUUUUAAACGUUGAGUACGCAUGAUUUGCAGCUUGUACAGAUGAUAGUUGAGGGCAAAUGAUAUUUUUUUUGAUCGUGAACAUUAACAUCUUCAAGGCCAAAUUCCCCACGCAUGCGCACGGUAUUGUAUGAAACUGAUAUAACAAUUAUAAAGGAAUGUACAAGAUCAAAAUAGGCAAUCCCUCUUAGGUUUUGAUAAAAGAAAAAUGAUAACCAUAAGUGACUGGGUUUUUUUCCUCGAAAUUGUUGAUAUAUGUGAAGUUUUUCUCGAUUAACAUCAAAGUGAUGAGUCCAUUGAAGAGUCCGUGGUGAAUACCCAAUGCGCGCGGUAUCCCAAAAAACGAUAUUUUCUAAAAAAAAAUAUACUCUCAUCGCUUCCAAACUUAUUUCUCUGACGUCAGUUUAACUUAUUCGCUUAUCUACCAUCAGUCGAUUUCUUUUUUCUGGUUAAAGAUUGAACAAACUGACCAGUUUAUGUGACUACAUUGACUAGUUUCGUUGAUUUUGUUUUGCGACCGAUUUAACUCUGGAAAAUCAAGAGUAGAGGAAUGUACCUUUGAUAGAUGGAACUGUUUAAUGAGCGACCCAAAAUCCCUCCUUGAUUAAAAGUAUACAAAGCUUACUCUAAAUAUGCAAGUACAGCAUUGGUAGUAAAAGGCAUUGUGCACGCAGCAACUAUCUCUCGUGGUAGUCUACUCAAAAGUACGAGAAAGACCUCUGAUUAAGAAGUCUGAGGCUGUAUAUUGCAUCAGCGCGCACGUAUGUGCAAAAAUCAGCAGUUAUUCGAGUUAAGCUGCACGUGAUACUAUGACUGUCAGUGGUAAUCUCAAACGAUCCUUUAGAUUGCGUAAUAAGAAGAAAUGUGCCUUCCACGGAUACUAACUUGACCAAAAUAAUUCGUAAAAUAAUCACGGAACUCGAUUUGCGAUCCAAAAAUGAGAUAUUAAGCUCAUUCUCUUUGCAGUUCUUCAGGCAUUAAGUGAAAUUUGCGCUGUAUUGGAUUGGUUGAAAGCUGUCCUUAAUGAGAUAGGUUGGACAGGGAUAAGCAAGAUGCAGAGUUUUAUUAUUUGGUGUUCUCACUUGCGUAUCACGAACAUUGGGUCAAUGUUAAAUAAAAGUUCUCUUCAAACUGGUGACAAUAACUCUGUUGUACCCUCUGAGAGAAAGGCAAAGUUAAUGUCACCUUUUCCACGAAAAAUUGUUAUUCAUACAGUUUAUAAGCUCUUGUUAUUUAUAAAAAUUGGAAUGACAAAUUUUCUCAACAAAAUUAAUUUUUUUCAUUCAACAGAGUAUCUUUACAGGCCAUCCUGUGAGCCUGAUGUCGGAAAAGGUCUGUUGGCAAUCGUCCAGCAACACGUGAUGAGUCAUAGUCAGGCCAUGCAGCGAAGGAGAAGUGACUCCAUUGCCUCCUCGAAGCCCCACACAGGAACCUUGGAAACGGGCCUAAGAAAGUGGAGUGGGGACAGGAACCGCGCAAGUAACGACGAGUCUUCCAUCGGUAAGACUUCUGACAAAGACUCUUAUUCAAACAAGGGCGACACCAACACCACCACUAUGACCGCAACAACAAACAGCUCGAUAAAUAAAACCAGCGCCAGCGGCAGUGUAAUUUCUAUAAACACCUCUAAGUACACUAACAACAAGAAAAACAAAUACAAAAACAAAGUCAUCAAAUCAGCAAGUACAAACGUAAGUAACAGUGCAAUUAAGGCUGAAGUACCUAAUCCUCAGACACACGAUCUAAGAGGAAAUAUAACUAAAGAAAACCAGGCUAACAUAUACCCCCAAACAACUUCUUCCGUGCCCAGGCAAGUAGUGCUAUCAGGCAGCCCGAGCAAACAUGUUCCUCAGGGGAAUUCAGAGCAAGAUAUUCCUUUAGUAAUGCCAUCGAAUAGAAAGAUAAGCGCUGUGCUUCCUCCAGGAAGCGUGAACACCACCCAGGUUCCCCAGAGAAAGUCCAGUGUGAACGUAAUGAAACGUUCGCCUGUUACUUUUGUGAUUUCAAAGGAUAAAGCCGGGAAAACCGAAGUACCUAGAAGACUGUCGCUAUUUCAAAUUUCUAGCGGGGUAAAUUUAAACGAUUCGCGAUUCCUUCCACUGAGUCGCGAGGAAGCUGAAGAUUAUAAUAAGAUGAAAACCACGGAGGACAGCGCAUUACCUGGAAAAAAUUGGACCUACACAAUGAGUUCAAAAGUCACAGUUCAUGGUGGAGGAGGCGCAGUUGUGCGUAAAUUAGGACUUGCUCUAGAGAGACCUGUUCUUGAUGAUUCUCUUUCAACUGAGGAGAGAUUUGCGGCACUGAGCGAGAGAUAUGCCAACUUAAAGGCGAAGAUUGAAGGAAAUGAUAGGAAGAAGAAAUCCACAGAGUCCUCACCCAAAGCAGUAGAGAAGAGUGCUACCGGUCCAUCUAGUGAAGACACAUUAACCCAGACAAAAUGCUGGACAACGGUUGAAAAUAUUUCAGUUCAAGAAUACAUUGAUCGACUAUCUGCCAAUCCCUGUGACUUAACGAAGGCUGAAACCCAAGAGACACUGACUGGCAAGAAGAAAUCUCCAAAGUCGUCCCUCAAAUCUGGUGGGAAGAGUGAUUGUAGUCCAUAUAUAGAAGACACAUUAAUCCAGUCGAAAUACUGGACAACGGUUGAAAGUAUUCCAGUUCAAGAAGCUCUUGAUCGAGUAUCUGACAAACCCCGUGACUCAUCAGAGGUUGAAAAGCAGGACAUGCUGACUUGCAGCGACAGAAACAAGCAGACAAAAAAUGACGAGGAACAUAACAUCCGUAGAAGCCACAUGCCAACUAUGAGUAAUGACUUCAACAUCAUAACAAGCUGCGUAAAUGAUGGUGCAAAUAAUUCUUCCGUCGAUCUGAACAAUAACAGCAAGCCCAGCGUCGCCAAGACACAAGUUGAGGAAGAUAGAAGACCCAGUGAUUGCUCUUUGGUUGAUAGUAAGACGCCUCUUAACUCACGACCUGAAACACUAACGCAAAAGACAAGGACAAGUGUCGUUGCAAAGCUGAUGAACAGGAAAAUGAAUCGUAGAAGAAAACAAAGCAUAGUACCAUGUCUGGUGAAACGAAGAUCAAGGGUGUAUACUAAGGACUGUUCUGGACACGAGGGUAUUCCAGCUUCUGUGGCAGAGUUUGAGGAGAUCAGAACGUUUGUGGAAAACACAGUGCUUCGUGCCCCAGUGCGACAAGAGGCGUCAAAUAUCCUAGAAUUAUUAAAUGGACUCUCGUCCUGUUUGAGUGAAAUAGAGUUAGUCGCCAUUUGUAAAGAGUGUUCCAAGACUCUACAGACUUUGGACGCACUGGGAAGUUUGCCAACGUAUCUCUCCUUGGAGACGGUUUUCAUAAACCCAAGCGGAACAAUCAAGUUCAAGCAUCUAAGCACAGGGAUCUCCAUUGAUGAUUUGUACCUGGCUCCAGAACACUCCAGCAAGUUUGCGUCUGAAAAGCAACUUUCAGUGAACAAAUUUAUCAGUGCCUUCGAGGCAAAGUUGAUUUGA